UCGUAUUUACAAAAUAAUAAAUACAAAAGAAAAAAAGUACGGGGACUUUUCUGUAAUUUAGACUUUAAAAACAGGUCCAAACAAAAAAAGAAAAGCUACAACGGAGUGAGACAAAACCUGUAUCCUCCGUCGACGGCGAAGCCUCCGGAAACGGAACGGUGAUCCCCGGAAAGCGGUUUUCCGUUAAAACUAGCGGUUUCCGACGCCACCUCCGUCAGCGGGAAGCGGUUUUCCGUUACGGUGAGGUGAAUAUAAAUGGGCGGUUUCCGUUAAGAGGAGGAGGAGUAGGAGGAGGAGCUACGAUGGUGAGUAAACAAAAACCCUUGUUGGUUUUGCUCCUCGUAACGGUUCUCGCGCCCAUCGUCCUCUUCACGGAUCGCCUCUCCGGUUCCUUCCAUUCCAUUGCAAGGAGCGAUUUUGAUCACGGGGGAUUGAAUCCGGUUCAGGAUUGGGCAAAACCUCUGAAAGAACAAAUUGGUGUAGUUCAUUCACAUAAUAAGAUCAAUUUCCGUGGAAGUUUCUCAGCAUUCAAAGCUAAAGAGCUAUCAUUAGGGAAACAUGUGGGGCACAAGAGUAGGGUACUGUCCGAAGUGGCGGAAGUGGGAAAUAAGCAUGAAAGUGGAGCCGUAAUCGAACAAGUAACCGGAAAAGGGAAUCAAGCCGAUGGCUUGGGGACGAAGAUAUUGGCCCAAAAAGUGAAGGAAAUUGGAUCUCAGCUGCAAUCUUCUUUCGAAACUAUCUUGAAGGUAAAUAAAUCGAAAAUACAGGCCUACCCAAAAUCUCCAAAAGUUGUUCAAGAAAAUUCUACCGAUGUAGCAAACAAUAAGAUCAAUAAAAACACAGUUAUGCCUGAUGGUAGAGUGCGGCUUCUUAGGGAUCAGUUAAUCAGGGCAAAAGUCUAUCUCGGCAUUGGAGCCAUUCGAUCCAAUUCUCAUUAUGUCCGGGAGUUGCGUGCUCGGAUAAAGGAUAUUCAAAGAACACUCGGUGAUGCAACCAAGGACUCCGAACUGCCAAAGAAUGCCUAUGAGAAAUUAAAAGCGAUGGAACAAUUAUUGGCGAAGUGCAAGCAAAUCCAAGAAAAUAGUGCGAUUGUAAUAAGGAAGCUUCGUGCUAUGCUUCACUUAGCAGAGGAACAAUUACGUGUUCAUAAGAAGCAAACAACAUUUCUCACCCAACUCGCAGCUAAAGCCCUUCCUAAAGGCCUUCAUUGCCUCCCCUUAAGGCUCUCUUCCGAGUACUUCUCUCUCGAACCAAGCAAGCAGCAGUUCCCUAAUCAAGAAAAGCUCGAUGACCCUAAACUCUAUCAUUAUGCCUUGUUCUCGGAUAACUUAUUGGCAGCAGCAGUUGUUGUUAACUCGACUGUGGUUAAUGCUAAGAAUCCUGCAGAUCAUGUAUUCCAUAUAGUAACAGACAGGCUCAAUUAUGCCGCAAUGAGAAUGUGGUUCUUAGCUAAUCCACCUGGAGAAGCUACAAUUGAAGUUCAAAACAUCGAAGAAUUAACAUGGUUUAACGCAGGCUAUAGUCCUGUUCUCAACCAACUUGGCUCUCAGUCUAUGAUCGACUAUAACUUCAGGGCUCACCGCGCAAAUUCUGAUGCAAACUUGAAGUAUCGCAACCCUAAAUACUUUUCAGUGCUAAACCACCUCCGAUUCUAUAUACCAGAGAUUUACCCAAAUCUCAACAAGGUGGUCUUUCUGGAUGACGAUGUCGUAGUACAAAAAGACCUAGCAGGCCUUUGGAAUAUCAAUCUUAAUGGGAAAGUGAAUGGAGCAGUUGAGACAUGUGGAGAGAACUUCCACCGUUUUGAUCGGUAUCUUAAUUUUUCUAAUCCAAUUAUUGCCAAAAAUUUCAAUCCUCGUGCUUGCGGGUGGGCGUAUGGAAUGAAUGUUUUCAAUUUGGCUGAGUGGAGGCGUCAAAACAUAACAGAAGUCUAUCACUCUUGGCAGAAGCUGAAUCACGGUAGGUUACUAUGGAAAUUAGGAACACUUCCACCAGGUCUAAUUACAUUCUGGAAUCAGACAUUCCCCCUUGACAAAUCAUGGCACCUGCUCGGCCUAGGAUACAAUCCACAUAUAAGCAACAAAGACAUCGAAAAGGCGGCAGUGAUACAUUACAGCGGAAACAUGAAGCCUUGGCUAGAGAUUGGCUUUCCCAAGUAUCGCAACUACUGGUCAAAAUACGUGAACUAUGACCAAGUCUUCCUACGAGAAUGCAAUAUCAAUCCUUAAUAAAAAAGAUGGUUUCUCCGCGAACUCGAUUACGCGUCCUUCAUCAUCCAUCUUCAUCAGGCCAAAAGCAGUCGCACGCUUCUCGUCUGUCGGUACAGCAGCGACGGUGAUAUCCGCAUCCACCUUUCUGUGUGCUGUGAUGAAGCCGCGGUAGUCCAUUCGGUACAAGUGAUCCCCAGCAAGAACAAGGUAAUCCAUAACAUUGUGCUGCUGGAAAAGCCACAUGUAUUGCCUUACUGCAUCAGCAUUGCCCUGGAGAAGCACCAAAGAGGAGAUUUGAACUCAAUUACAUGAAUAUUUCAACAUGAUAUACUCAAAGCAGAUGCAAUUCGAUCAUAUCGAAGAUUCUGAAUCUGAUCAAAGUCAUCAUCUGGAAUGUUGGUUGGUUCAUUUGAAGAUUGGUGGAAGAUUCUGAAUCUGAUCUGUAGUGUGCAUUUACUGCCAUUUCUUUUUUGGUUGGAUAUGUUAAACUCUUUGCAUUUUUCAUUAUUACUCAGCUUAAUUAUAUCAAUUCUUACAGUUCUUUGCAAAGCUCGACGAAUUUUGAAGUGAUUUGAAACUUCUUUCCUCUUAUGCUAUAAAAUGGUGGGCAGGAACUGUCGUUGAAAAA